AUGGGUAUCUUGCAGGACAGUUCCGAGGAUAAUCAAAUAUACCACAACUGUUUCUACAAGGGAUUCAAGCACGUUAUGUCGUUCUAUAACGAUGCGCCCUUUUAUGGAGAAAUUGACCUGCGAAGCAUACAGGAAAUCGCAGCAAAACGACUCGCUCUUUUGCAAUUCAUCGACUCGAGAAGUGAGAUUAAAAUCAAGUCACACAAGACGAAGGAGUUCGAGCCGCUUAAAUAUGAUCAGAAAACAACCGAGAGGUUGAAUGAAAUCGAAGAUAAGAUGCUGGAGUACGGGUUCAUGAUGCCAGUCGUGCUAUACAGCAAGGAAGAUCUGUACGAACACGUGACAGUGGCACAAACGGACGUGGUAUCGCACUUCAUUCUCAGACUGGCAUUCUGCAGAGAUAGAGAAAGGAGCGAAUGGUUUAUAAAAAACGAAUGUAAACUGUUCGAUAUAAGGCUUGAGAGGCUGAGGAGCGUGAAAAUACAGGAGGUGGACGGAGUCGACAAGCUGGAGACGUUCCUGGCAAACCAGGGGGUGAAGUACGACACGAUAAAAAACCCUAACUUGACUGGAAACUACACGUCGAAGGAAGCCACGGAGUUCAACGACAUGGUUAAGUUCAGAACAGAUUUCAAUACGAUCGACAAGGUGUACCUCGUAAGUAUCAGAAUACAAUCAAAAUCAAUAGGUGCCAUUUUAUCCAGAUGCCUCUCAGCUGGUGAGGAUGAGACUAGUAUCGCUAAAAGAGUGUCGUUGCAACAGUCGAUUCGCUUCUUAAGUGAGAAUCAAUCGCUACUGGAGUCGAACGUGUUUAGCGACGAAAGGUUGUCAGGGUUCUUGAAGUUGUUGCCAGGGGCAUAUUUGGGCAACGACUACUCUAAAUUCAACUACAGCGACGAAAAUAGGUUGUCACUAUCGAACAUUAAUCAGAUUUAUAAACUCACAUUCCCGCCGUGUAUGAGGAGACUCUUUUCAAACUACCUAAGAACACAUCAUCUGAAGCACUGGGGAAGACAGCAGCUAUGGCUAUUUUUCAAAGGUGCUGGUAUGACUCUGGAGGAGCACGCCUAUAACAUACGACAUAUGUACGGCAAAGAGGGUCGAAGAGCCAAUUACCCACCUUACAGUUGCUCGAAGAUAAUAAAUACUCUCCCAGGAAAUGUGGCUGGCAGUGUACAUGGAUGCCCGUUUAAAGAGUUGGAUGCCAAGAACUUGUAUACUUUGUUAAAGGAAUUUGGACUACAACCAAAUCAAAUGGACCCAAUCAUCGACAUAAAAAACACACACCAGUAUCAACUAGCAUGCGUAGAGUAUUUUAAUCAGACGACGCCUAACGGCUGUGCUGACGGCGUUGGCACGCACCCUAACAUAUUCUUUCAAGCGAGCUUUAAAGCCAGGUUCACCAAGGAGAAGGCGACUGAGGAGGCUGAAAACAAGAGUGAAACAACUGCAGCAGAAGUCGCUGAAUGA